AUGCCAAAGCUGAACCUGGUUGGAUUAGAGCCAGUCUCCAGGGGUGAUUACCAGGCAGCAGUUAGGCAGCUCCACCCUAAACUGAAAUUGGAGACAAUUCGCGCUCGGCUUGUAACCCUACAACUACCGUCUACGAAAACGAUUUCAUGCAGACUGCUGCGAACGGGAUCCGCGGAUGAUUUCCUGGUUCAAUCGAGUGGAUGA